AUGAGGAGUGGAGGUGGGGGGGUGGUCGCAACGUCCCCUCUUACUAACCCCCACAUCCCCACCCCCAAUCAACCAACCCUCUAUAACCUCACCCCCCAUUUCAACCGCCCCCUGGAACCGCACUCCCUCCCCCCUUUUCUUCCUCCAGACCCCUCCCCACCCACGAUGGUCCCUGUCCAAUUCUUCACAAGUGGGGCUGCUGGUCAUAGGUGGGGCUGCUGGUCACAGGUGGGGCUGCUGGUCACGGGUGGGGCUGCUGGUCACAGGUGGGGCUGCUGGUCACAGGUGGGGCUGCUGGUCUCGGGUGGGGCUGAUGGUCACAGGUGGGGCUGCUGGUCACAGGUGGGGCUGCUGGUCACAGGUGGGGCUGCUGGUCACAGGUGGCGCUGGUGCCUGGUGCUGGCGGCUGGCGCUGGUGCUGGUGCCUGGUGCUGGCGCUGGCGCUGGUGCCUGGUGCUGGUGACUGGCGCUGGUGCUGGUGCCUGGUGCUGGCGGCUAGCGCUGGUGCUGGUGCCUGGUGCUGGCAGCUGGCGCUGGUGCUGGUGCCUGGUGCUGGCGGCUGGCGCUGGUGCUGGUGCCUGGUGCUGGCGGCUGGCACUGGUGCUGGUGCCUGGUGCUGGUGGCUGGCGCUGGCGCCUGGUGCUGGCGGCUGGCGCUGGUGCUGGUGCCUGGUGCUGGCGGCUGGCACUGGUGCCUGGUGCUGGCGGCUGGCACUGGUGCUGGUGCCUGAAGACUGGCGCUGGUUUUGGUGGGUGGUGCUGGCGUAACGGCGUUGGUGCCGGUGCUGGUGCUGGUGACUGGCUUCGGUGCUGGUGCUGGUUCCUGGUGCUGGUGGCUGGCGCUGGUGCUGGUGCCUGGUGCUGGCGCUGGUGCCUGGUGCUAGCGGCUGGCGCUGGUGCUGGUGCCUGGUGCUGGCGGCUGGCGCUGGUGCUGGCGCUUGGUGCUGGCGGCUGA